AUGGAGAACACAAUGGCUUACCAUGAGAUUGAGUCCACAGUACAACAAUAUUCAGAAAGUCAACAGAAUAAGUGGGGUGACAGUCUUACUCGGAAAUCUAUCAUCGAACUACCAGCCCGGACUUUCAUCAACAUAAGAUCCAAUCCGUUAGAUGAGCUAAAAGUCAUUUGGAAGGAAUGGACCCCGGCACGCCGUUUAAAAUUCUCUCAAACAUAUGGGCACAUUGGUUUCUUGUUGCAUGUAUCGGUAAAUAUCCCUGCCAUAAAAGCACUGGUCGAGUUCUGGAAUCCACCAUAUCGUUGCUUUACAAUGAACGGUAUCGACUUGACACCAACCAUCGAGGAGUAUACUUCGCUUUUGCAUCUAGUCAAGUUACAGACACCAUACAAACCUUAUGUGCAUGAUGCUAGUGUUUCGUUCGUGAAGGAGAUGUACGAUGCUGUCGGGGUCAAAAUCCAGAAAACAUUCUCAGAGGGAGGUGCAGAAGUAAGGAAAAUCUCUUGGAAGCAGUUGAAAGAAAUAAUCGAAAAAGAAGAAAAAGAAGAGGUUCAAAUACAUAUGAUGGCAUUAGCUAUUUACGGUUUGAUCAUUUUUCCAAAAGAACUGAACAUGAUCGAUCAAGCUACUAUUUCGUUUGUAGCACAAGUACGAAACGGGAUUAACCCCGUUCAAGGCAUCCUGGCAGAAACCUUCAGAUCACUCAACAAUUGCAGAAUCAGGAGGCGAGAACGUUUAAAAUGUUGUGUGCAACUGUUAUAUGUCUGGAUGGUAGGUCACUUAUCGUCUAACAAAGGGGGCUUCCGUAGUAUUUUCUCAGUGAUCCGAAUCCCUUUGGCUGAAUUUGAGGAUACCCAAUUAAAGGAGCAGUUAGAUAAAUCUGAAUGGAACACAAAAAUGUGUGGUUUGAUUGACUCAGGGGUAACUUGGCUGGCGCCAUGGAUGGUCCGCUCUAACAUGAUAUAUAUGUGUGGAAAUCUUCCAUGGGUCCCAUUACUAGGCCCAUGGGGAGGGAUAGCAUAUGCCCCUUUGAUGGUCAGAAGGCAAUUGGGGGCAUCUCAGUUUGUGCCUAUGACUCACGGAUUGGCUGACUCAGACUUUGCAUAUGAAACAGGAGACACUCGAAACCAGAUUAGAAAAUUUAUGGUGGCAUGGAAGCAUGUGAACCUAAUAGACCCGAGUGAUGGAAUUGCCAUAGUCCAAGGAAAUUAUGAAGCAUGGCGAGAAAACCGGGUAAACCCCCAACUCAAAAGAAUCCCAGAAAUCGUUAUUGAACAUAUUAAAUCACCAAGCGCAUGCAUGCAAUUGAAGCCACAAGGGGAUCCAUGCCCAGUAGAAAAAGGAGAUGCAAGAGCAGAAGUGGGGAAUCAGCAAAAGGAGGCUCUAGUCUCUGUCUAUCGCAAAGAAAUCAAGCGACAAAGGAUUCGGUACAUACAAUCAGAAGAAGAGGUCGUGGCUCUAAGGAAGGAAAGACGAAGACUUCGAGCAGCACUUGGACAGAAAUCUCAAAUGUUAGAAGAUGCCCAUACCGAAGUUAAAAAGAAAUCGCUCUACAUACAAGAGUUGGAGAGGCAGGGGGAUGAGCAGAGAAGCAAGUAUAAUCAAGUACUGGAAAAGAUUGAGCCGUGCAUAAUGAAAGCGGGCUACUGGGAGGCCAAGUUUCGGGCUUUGCAUAAAAAGUCGACACAGCAAAAUGCAGAGAUUGUGCAAUCAUGA